AUGGAUUAAGUAAAGCUUAAAUGAGUAGACUAAUUUGUCAUCCCAUCAAGUUGUCACCUCAGAGAUUAAUGCAUCAUUCUUUACCAUUCAUGGACUAGCAUUCAGUUUUACUUUUCCAACUAAUUGUCAUCAGCUCCUCAAACUACAUUGUCGUUGGUCAUCAUCAUCAGUAAGCUAUCUAGAGCUCUCUAGUGUUGUCUGUGUCAUAUCAUUUGCUUUUGUUUCCUCCAUCUUCCCCUUUUGCCAUCGAUUAACCCAAAAGCAAUAAAUCUUUAAAGUUAUUCUCCCUUAAUAUCAAUUUUAUAGCAAUAUACAAAUUUGGCAUCUGGCUGCAGGAACAUGGAGUCUUCUAAUCUGACAGAAAAGUUAUUUCGAAUAUGAUUCCCUAACGCAUUUACACUCUAGGAAAUUAAGCUAGCCAGAGUAGCUAGCAGCUCCUUGCUGGUAUAAGAACGAUAGUGCAAACUCAGCAAUGAAGGAGCAAUAUACAUCAACUCAUAGCCAGAGCUGCAAUUGCUUCUUGAAAAUGGAUAAAAACUGUCAUGCACCAAGACCAACAGAUCAAACUUGCUUGUCAUGGCCAUUCCUUGGGCUUUCGCAAUCUGGAGAAUGCUCUGAAAGAAUACUGUACUGCAUGUGUAAAGGAAAUCUUGAAUACAGCCUAUUCUUGUAGAUUUUGCAAUUUUUGGCUCCAUGAAUCAUGCGUGAGUGAACUGCAACAUCUGCCUCUUAAGAUUGAUCACCCUCUCCACUCGCAGCACCAACUUCGACUACAACUCCAACGGCAAGAUUUCAUUUGUGAUAAAUGUUGGUAUAUUUCCGCUUUCUCCAGAUACUCGUGCGAUCAAUGCAAUUUUAAUCUUGAUUUAGCAUGUGCUUCUUCAACUAAUGAUCUAUUACUUGAAGAGGAGUGGCAGAGACUUCAAGACGGCAAGAAAAAGGAAAUUCAACAUUACAGCCACCUUCACAAACUGACAAUCUUCAAAUAUAGGAAGAUAAGAGCAGAUGACUACAAUUGUAGUUGGUGCCGAAUGCGUCUAUCAGAAGUGUGCUAUGGUUGUGUAGAAUGUAACUUCUUGCUUCAUGAGUUGUGUAGGGAUAAGAUACCGAGAACACUUUGUCAUCCUUUUCAUCCUUAA